UACCAGUUCAAACCCUUCCUUCGCCGUGGUUCAGUUCAGAGCAGUCCUUGGUCGAGGUGAUGGUGGUGGUGGUGGUAGUGGCGGGGUGCGUGCGGUGCCAUGGUGCCGGUGGUGAUGUUGCUACUGGUGAUGAGUCUGGUGCAGACGGGAGGUUAUCACCCGGCCUUGCUAGACGUGGAUGGCAAGAUGAUUGUGUACGACUCGACCAGAGAGGAGCCUUACUGCUACCCGGGCGCCAACCAUCCUGACAAAACAAUCUUCAAGGACUCGCAGGAGGCAACAGCUCGUAACAUAGGGCGCGUCCUGUGUCGUAGCCUUGGAUACACCCAUCUCGUGCGGGAGUACGGCGUGCCAGCUGACGGGUUCAUCGGCACACGACUGCUCAUAUACUGUCAAGGCUACGAGCGACUCAUUGAGCAGUGCACCACCGACAGAGGUGCCAAGAAUGACUGCAACGAGCUCCUAGUCCUGGAGUGUGGCAGAUGUUCAGAGAAUACGGGCCUAUGUAUACAAGCGUUUCAGCAGGAACGUCAGAUGGAGAUUGGAGAGACGGUAGAAAUCACCAGCCCUGAGUACCCGAACUACACCGACUCUGCUGUCUGUGAAUGGCACCUCCGCCCUCCCACCAUGGCCGCCUUUACGCUGGAGUUCUUGAAUUUCAGACUUCCCAGCACAGACACAAGAGGCAAUUGUUACGUUGGGUACCUGGAAGUGUCCAAGGAGGUGAAUGGUGAGGCGGUGGAGGUGAUGGUUCGGUGUGGCAGCGCCGUGCCGAUGCCCCUCACAGUUAAGGCUGAAGUGUUGAUCCUCAGGUUCUCCUCUGGAACCUUCUACCCGAGGCCGUUUAACUCAAAGCGAGGCUUCAGAGUUUUGGUAACAGCGUCUCCCAUCCCGUGGAGUUCCAGGAGGCUGAGCACCAUGGAGAAGGUGUCUAUUGGACUAGGUGUUGCUCUGUUCUUGGUUAUUCUCCUUUUUGUCCUGUUCGUAAUGAGAAGGCGAGUUUGGACGCGACGGAGGAGCAGGCAGAGGAAACAAAUGCAGCAGAAAAUGGAGCGACCCAGCUAUCAUGAAGCCUUGACCGCCAUGCUCGCUGGUAUCGCCACCAACCCAGCGAGGCAUUUAGUGACUCGCGGGGAUAAUAACAUGCCGGAGGUCAGCAACAGACAUUGUGGCAGUUUGCGUGGUGGCAGUUUGCGGGACACGGAACAGAGUGAAAGGGGCAGGAGGUCAACCAAGGUGAUAUGUGCCACCCGGACCAGCAGCGUGCCACUCCAGCCGACGAAUUGCCCGCCCCUGCCUCCCCGGAUUCCCUCAUCGGCACCGCCCCCUGUUAAGCUGCACCACCCACUACCCAUCAUUGAAGGAGAGGGGGAGCCGAGCAACAUGGAGGACCAGCCCAUCUAUAUGGAACUGGACGAAUUCAACAAGUCUAUGGCACAGUCCUAUGUUGAACUGAAGGACCUUGAAAGAGCAAAGGUCGGAAUGUCUGACAGUUCCGUCACUGGUGUACCCACGUCGCCUCUCCUUGUUACUCCCACCGCCCGUCACUACACCAGCCAGCCUCUCCUCUUUCCCGGCCAGCCAUCUUCCUCCCCCACAGCUGAAAAAACGUUUCCAAGAAGAGCACAUGUAUGGCCCAGCACCUCCUCUCUUCCCCCUUCAGUGAAAACUCUCCCUUGCAUCGACAAAACGUGUACUGGCAAGACUUUCACCGGGGGAAGUGUAAGCUCUUGUAUUCACAUUUCCCUGUCGUCGAGAGGAAGCAAUGUUUCGCUCUCUUCCUACUGCAUCCCUUCUCUGUCCGUCCGCCUCUCCCCUAUUCACCGAGGUUGCGCCACCAUUCCCCGAGGAUACUCCACCACCAGCAGUCUCUCCUCUAGCAAUUUCGUGGAGAGUAGGUGGUCAGAGCGAUUGCCAGUGAUUCAAAUGGAUGGGACUCCCUUGCUAAACACCAGCAUCCUUGAGCGACAGGUGCGAGUAGCGUCCUGCAGCAGCAGCGACAGUGUAUUCACCGAAAACGGAAGUGUCACGAGGGAGCAGAGGCGGUGUGCAUGCGGCUCCGUUCACGAGAAAGGAAAUGCCUCGUCUGAGAAAGGUCAACAUCUCUCCAAGUCUUGUGGCGACGUGUCUCGAACUCCUUCCAACCCCAAGCAGGAGAACAGCAUGAAUAGCAUGCUGGAGCUGGUGAGGUCAGAGCCAAGCCUGCCCAGGGAUCAGACCGCUCCUCGUCUGGUCGGGCCAGUCUUGCGGCGCGUCUCGCAGAUGUUCUUCGGGUCUUCUCCCUUCCUCUCCAACUCCGCUGAGGAGGCGAAGGACUCGGGCUCUGAUGCAGCUGGGGAUGAGAUGCAGCCUGAAAAAAAUGGAACAGGGACUUGGCGCCUUGGGAAGAACACUUCUCGCCGCGCCGUCUCCUCCUCAUCGGGCAUCUUCAGUUCCUUCAAAUACAGUCGACUCCAAAACGCAAGCAACAGUGACAGAGGGAAGGCCAACUCCUGUUCAGACUUCCAAGAAACUUCCGCCACUCAGGGUGCAGGUACAGCGCCAGCCAGGUUCACACCGUGGUGGAUACAUGAGCCAGCAUCCAUGGUUGUGGAGGCGUGGGUGGAGGAGAGACCUCAGCCGACUGGGCCCGAGUCAGGUGAGAUUUGACAGCCUUGAAGAAGCUACACAUUGAUGUUGGGAAUUUUAUUUUUUUGCAUUGCUUGUUAGUGUUAUGAAAAUAGGAAGAAUUGCAAUAAGUGUUUGUCUAAUUUUAGUAUCUGGUUUUGUGCAAGUGAGUUGAUGUCAAACCCUUUCCGAGCAUGCCAGAGCUGUCAUCGUGUUUGUUGUGGCUGUCUGCAUGUCUGCAUACACAUCGCCCAAAUAAUAAAGUCUUUGACAUGCUUGCUACAUAGAUAGAGCAAAAAAGGCAGAGAUAGGAAGUGAUCUAUAGAAAAGUAAAAAUCUUUGAAGAUCAAAGUAAAAAUAGGAG